UAAUGAAAUUAAUCACAAGUUUAACCCAGCACGAUCUCUCUCUCUCUCUCUCUCUCCGCGUUCUCUCGUUCUGCCUGCAAACAAAUGCUCGUCGGCCGUCUCCAACACUCCACUCUCUCACCCCCCACCCCCACCCCCACCCCCCGCAUUAUCUUGCUCUUAUAUUACAGCUAUUUUCUCGUUCAUCGCUGACUCUGUGUAUACUUUCAAUCCAGCAAAUUCCACAUCUCUGUGGAUUUGCUUUUCAAAACAUUAAUCUCAAUUUUUGGUAAAAAAUUCUUCACUUUUUGCUAAUUCAGAUCCGUUGAAUUUCUCAAUUGGAUAUUUUGGAUCCAGAUCCCUCAUUUUAUUCCCUUCCCAGUCAGUCAUUUUCCAGCCCUAAUUGAUCCCUUCGAAAAUCUCUCCGUGACUUCACUUCAGCCAUUUAUUUAAUCGGUUACAGAGUUUUCUCAGUCUUUUCCCCCGGUUAAUUUUGGGGGUUUUUUGCUUUUUUCUUUUUUUUUUUUUAAUUCUGAAUUUAUUUGAUUAGAAAAAAAGAUGUCUGCGAUGAAAUCGACGGGCCGAUUCUUCACGAUCGGGCUGGUAACAUCGUGGUAUUCAUCCAACAUUGGGGUUUUGUUGCUGAACAAGUAUUUGUUGAGCAAUUACGGGUUCAAGUACCCGAUUUUCUUGACCAUGUGUCACAUGACGGCGUGCUCGUUGCUCAGCUACAUUGCGAUUGCAUGGAUGAAGAUGGUCCCGAUGCAGACUAUAAGAUCUAGGGUUCAGUUCAUGAAGAUCUCGGCCCUCAGCUUGAUUUUCUGCGCCUCAGUUGUCAGUGGCAACAUUUCUCUCAAGUACUUGCCUGUUAGCUUCAACCAGGCGAUUGGGGCCACAACGCCAUUUUUUACUGCCGUAUUUGCAUACUUGAUGACAUUUAAAAGGGAGGCCUGGUUGACUUAUGUGACUUUGAUUCCUGUGGUUACUGGAGUCGUCAUUGCUAGUGGGGGUGAGCCGAGUUUCCAUUUGUUUGGAUUUAUCAUGUGUGUUGGUGCAACAGCUGCAAGGGCACUCAAGUCGGUGGUUCAGGGGAUUUUGCUUUCUUCUGAAGGGGAAAAACUGAAUUCUAUGAAUCUACUACUAUACAUGGCUCCUAUAGCAGUCGUAUUACUACUUCCGGCCACACUUUAUAUGGAGGAAAAUGUUGUUGGUAUAACAUUGGCAUUAGCAAGAGAAGAUUUCAGAAUUAUUUGGUUACUGCUGUUCAAUUCUGCGCUUGCGUAUUUUGUGAAUUUGACCAAUUUUUUGGUCACAAAGCACACCAGUGCUUUAACUCUUCAGGUUCUUGGAAAUGCAAAAGGGGCAGUAGCAGUGGUAAUAUCCAUACUAAUAUUCAGGAAUCCAGUUUCCAUAACCGGAAUGCUCGGGUAUAGUCUGACGGUGAUGGGUGUGAUCCUCUAUAGUGAAGCCAAGAAGCGCAGUAAAUGAAACUGAUCCUUCCGGGGAAAAAAAGAAAAGAAAAAAAAUCAAAAUUUGGUAUGGGGUUGCUUUGUAAUAUGAAUUAGGUGCAGCCAUUAAAAGUAAGUUCAGUCUUGUUGACCUAUUUUUUGCUCGGGAGCUGAAAGGAUAGAGAGGCUUCUUCAACAUGUACCAGCAAUCAAACAAACAAACAACCACCUGAUUGGUGGAGUAGACAAGUUUUUUUAAAAUAAGUGACUCAGUCAAAUGUCUUUAUUAUUUACAGUCUUGGCUUCUAAGAAAUAGAUCCUUUCUUUUUUUUACCUUAUAAUUCUUUCAGUAAAGGAUUUGGAUCCAUCUACAUACCAUGUGAUUAUACUUUUUUAUUACAUAUUUACAUCAAUUUAAUCAUACCCAGACAAUGCUCCUU